CAAGGAGCUUUUACAGACCAGGAGAUCAUCUGGUUACUAUGAUCACCACCACAACAAAAAUAUCGCAUAAUGCAAUAUUGCCAUUCAACAGGGCUCCUGCUAUUCAGGGAAGCUUUAACCCUUCUGGUAAAGAAAUAUUUCUACAGUACAUUUUUAACAUUCAAGUGGCCAACCAAAAGUAUCUGGGAAAUCUCACACUUGGUUACAACAUUCAUGACAACUAUUUGAACAUACUUGGCACUUCCGAUGCCUUGCUGGACAUGCUCUCAACUGGAGAAGCCAAUGUUCCCAACUACAGCUGUGGAAGGAAGGACAACAUUUUGGCUCUUGUUGAUGGAUCUGCUGAUGACAUCACGGUUGAGAUGUCAAGAUUAGGAGGCACGUACAAAAUCCCUCAGAUGAAUUUUGAAUUAUUUUCAGAGUCCCUGCACGAUAAAAGUCAUUUGCCAUUUUACCACUCCCUGUUCCCCAAAAAAGGCUUCUUCUACCCAGAAAUUGUCCAAGUGCUUCUGUAUUUUGGAUGGAUCUUGAUUGGCCUCUUUGCUUCAGACACAGAGAAUGGAGAAAAUUUCAUGAGGACUUUUACUCCUAUGCUUGUCAGGAGUGGAAUCUGUGUUGUUAUAUCACAACAGAUCUCAACAACUCGACCCACAGCACCCCUUAGGGAAGCCCUCUCUAAGUGGAGACAAGUCAACGUCUACGUUCACUACAUAGAAUAUCAAGCCAUUUGGGACAGACUUCUCACUUUCCAAUUAAUAUUCGAUGGUUUAUCAGGACCCAUUGAAGGGAAAGUGUGGAUCACAACAGUCAUCGGACUAUUUCCGCUCAACAUGAAGCUUAUCGAAUAUGUGAAUGCUAUAUGGACCCUAGGUUUUGUGAGGAAAAAAAGACGGAUGUCAGAUGCCUUUGUAAACCAUUACUUUGUGGAGCAUCCGCUUGAGGAGCAAAUGUUUCAUUGUUCCUUUUCAAAACACAUCUUUUCUGUCAAAGGGCGGAGAAGAUGCACUCAGAAGGCACCAUUUGAGACCCAAAAUAAAAGCAACUUGAAGAAGGCCAGAAAUUUCCACCGUUUUUACAGUGCCAUUAAGACUCUGGCUUAUGCCUUGAAAGCUGCGUAUUCCUCCAGAUCCAAGAGAAGAAGGAAGAGGGACACAGACAGUUUUGGGGCCUCAAUACUGCAGCCAUGGCAGUUCCAUCCCUUUCUGGAGAAGAACGAGUACAUCAAUUUUUCUGAAUUUGAACUGUACUGGGACCAAAAUGGAGAUUUAGCAGCUGAUCUAGAGAUCACGAGCUGGCUGUUUUCCAUCAAGGAGGGUGCCUUCAUGGAGAAACUGUUGUCUUUUGAAAAAAAGAGACUCAUCAUUGUUGAAGAUUAUGUGUCACGGCUAAAGUCAGUCAGCAGGUCUCCCCCUCGGUCCAAAUGUGUGGAGAAAUGCCACCCUGGAUUUGUCAAGAGGGCUCGAGAAGGAGAGCCAGUUUGCUGCUAUGACUGUGUUCCUUGUCCAGAGGGGACCAUCUCCACUCAGGAAGAUACAGAAAAAUGCACCAAGUGUCAAGAUGACAAAUAUCCAAAUAAGGACCGAGUCCAAUGUAUCCCCAAAGUUCAAUCCUUCCUGUCUUACGAAGAACAUUUGGGCAUCAUCCUGGCCUCUUUUGCACUACUCUUGUUCCUAACCACAAGCCUUCUCUUAAUCAUAUUCAUUCAAUACAGAGAAACUCCCAUGGUCAAAGCCAACAACCGAGACCUCUCUUACAUCCUCCUGGCUUCCCUCCUGCUUUGCUUCUUGUCUCCUUUCCUCUUCAUUGGUCAACCAAGGAAAGCCACCUGCCUUCUCCGACAAACAGUUUUCAGCAUCAUCUUCUCAGUUGCCAUUUCUUCUCUCUUGGCCAAAACCAUCACAGUGGUGCUGGCUUUCCUGGCCACAAAACCAGGCAACCAAGUGAAGAGAUGGUUGGGGAAGAGCUUGGCCAACUCCAUCAUCCUUUCUUGUUCUAGUGUCCAAUUUAUCAUCUGCUCAAUCUGGCUGGGAGUAUCUCCCCCAUUUCCUGACUCUGAUCUCCACUCUCAGCCUGGAGAGAUCAUCCUGCAAUGUAAUGAGGGUUCUGAUGUCAUGUUCUACAUCACCCUCAGCUACCUGGGCUUCCUGGCUGCCAUCUGCUUCACAGUAGCAUUCCUGGCCAGGAAUCUGCCUGGGGCCUUCAACGAAGCCAAGCUGAUCACCUUCAGCAUGCUGGUCUUCUGCAGUGUCUGGGUCACUUUUGUGCCCACCUACCUGAGCACCAAAGGGAAAUACAUGGUGGCUGUGCAGGUCUUCUCAAUCCUGGCCUCCAGUGCUGGUCUGCUGGGCUGCAUCUUCAUCCCCAAGUGCUACAUUAUCAUUCUGAGGUCAGAGCUGAAUACAAAGGAGCAUCUUACAGCCAGAAAAAAAUGUGGAAAUGUGAGAUAGAGGAAUUUCCAAUAGGCCAAAUCUAGGAAAUGCUCCAUGAUUUUCUCCAUGCAUGAGUAGGCCAAUGAUUUUGCUUGAAUGAAAAAUUAAAGUAUGGCUGGAUAAUGGUAUCCUCCAUCCUCUUAGGGUAGAAUUGCAAGAUGAUCACUGAACUCUUUUGAGAAGUUGAGCUAUCAUAUUUGUCCUGUGUCUUUAGCUUACUUGAGUCCUGAAAUGUCCCCGAUGAUAUUUUAAAAAUGACACAUGCAAUGGAAAUCUUGCUGAUAUGCCAUAAAUAAUUGUGAUGGGGACUGUAAAAUAAUGCCAUUAUUUUAGUUGUAUGGUAGUUUAUCUGAAAUUGGGGUUCUUUGUUAUAUGGGACUCAAGAUUUUUGUGUCAUCCAUGUAAGGAGAGCAAGGAAACACCUCCAGCCAGAUUUGGAUGGGAAAAUAGGGAGAAAGUUACAAAAUGUACAGAUUUCUUUUUUUUCAUUUACAGUCUGUGUCUUUUCUUUAUGUAUUAAUGUAGAUAAUUUAAAUUAAAAUUUAAAAAGUGGAUAUAAUUUUUCUUCCU